AAAAUCCAUUGUCUUAAUUUGGGAUCAAAACCCAAAUCUCUCUACGUGUCGGCCUAGCUACCACCUCUAAACAUGAUCACAUGAUCAUGAUUAACGAUCCAAUAUACCACAAUGAAAAUACGGCGGCCUAAACCCUAAUUGGAGCCGUUUGCUAUAAUGGAAGAUGGAGUGCUUGAAAGUAUAAGCCUAUAACGUGAACCAGUCGUUUUAGUCCACCAAACCUAUGUGGAGCCUUUCUUCUUCUUUUUUUUUCUUUGCUUGAAGGACCUACAAAACUGUCGGUGGUGGGACAAAAACAAAAAGUGUUACAUCUUGCUUUGUUCAUUUAUGCCACCCAAAAAUUAAGGGGGAAAAAAACCAUAAUUAAUCGAAGUGAUAUGUGGACAAAUGCCUAUUUUGCCUUUGGCAGUAGUGCUGCUUAAUGCUUCCAAUGCUGGUACAGUUAAGGAUAAGUUUAGUUUAUGAUAUGGUGAGGUGGGAAAUGAAGAGAUGUGGGUCAUUGUUUACACUAUGUUUGAGGAUAAUCUCUUUCUUUUGUAUGCAUGAGAUUAAAGUCGAAAUGUAUAGGAUGUAUUGAUCUGCACUCUAACAUUUAGGUAGUUUUAUAUAUAAUCUUAGUUUGAAAAGGAUUAGGUUAGGGUUUCUUGAUUUGAGCUCUUUACAGGAUGUAGAGGUGUGACUCACUAGGUCCGAACUUAUAAAUUUAUGUUGUGUAACAACAUAGAAUCGAUCACAAUCAUAUAUAUAUCACAAGUGUCAUAUAUGAUUCAAAUACAUGUAUUACAUCUAACAAUAUAAACAAUCAUUGCAUAAAUUUCAUAGAACCCCCUAAAACAUAGAAACAAAUUGAUCAAAACCGAAUAGAACUCUCACGUAUGCUUCAUUUUUCAAUUUAAUUUUACACUUAGAUUCAUCUUCUAGUCAUAUACGAUCAUCGCGUGGUACUUAAUUUCACUCUGUUGAAUCAUAAUAUGUAGACCCCAAGGCCCAAACAAACAAAAAUACAAGCACAAAUAUAUGUGCGAGGGGCUAUUGUACUCUUGCUAACUAAUUAAAUAAAAAAUCUCUUUGGGAGGUGGGAUUUAGUCCUAGUUUUUGGAUUAGCGAGAACCAAACCCACAUGUUUAGCCAAAUCAAACAAACACACAUGUUUCAUCACAAUCAUCGUUUGGCUCCCCCCACAAAACUGUCGGUGGUGCACUCUAUAAUUAAACACACACAAAAAACCUCCACAAAUUUCAGCACUUUCCGUUGGAUUCCCUUUGCAUAAAGCCAAACAAGCCGCUAAAUGCCACAUCCAUUUAUCGUAUUAUUUGUUACUCCCAAACAAAUCUUCGGUUUUCUUCAGUGCAAAUGUCCCUGGGGACGUCAAGGAUCAUAUCAUCGCAAGCAUUGGCUUUGCUCCAUCGAACUGCCACUCAAAGUACCUUGGAGUCCCGACUGAGUGGGGAAAUUCGAAGAAAGAAACCUUUAAUUUUCUCAUUCAAAGGAUGGAAAAAAUGGGGGAGGCGUGGAAAAGCCUCCCGCUCUCUCAUGGUGGUAAGAAAGUCCUUCUGAAAGCGGUCAUACAAGCUAUUCCUUCUUACAUCAUGUGUCUGUUCCAUCUCCCGAAGGCUCUCACAAAGAGAAUGGACUCUCUUCUCAGUAACUUCUUUUGGUCAGGAUCUAUGCAGAAGAGUAGUCUACAUUGGUGCAAAAAGGAGAUUAUGUGUCUACCGAAGGCAGAGGGGGGUUUAGGCUUCAGGAGCUUCAACGAUUUUAACCUAGCCCUGCUUGCAAAGCAGGCUUGGCGCCUCCUUACGAUCCCUAACUCUUUAUGGAGCCGUCUCCUUAAAGGUCUGUACUUCCCAAGAGGUGAUUUUCUUAAUGCGAAAACGGGAAGCAAAGCAUCGUGGAUCUGGGCCAGUAUUUGGGAGGCAAAAAAGGUGAUUGGGAUGGGAGCAGUUAGGGUGAUUGGAUCAGGAGAAGACACGUGGGUUGAUCAAGACCCUUGGAUCCCCUUUCUGGAAAAUAAUACUCUUUGGAGCGGACCCCAGAAUCAUCAGAAGGUCAGCGAGUGGAUUGAUCCGGGAGAUAGGAAGUGGAUGUCGGAUGUUAUCCAGGGGAAUGUGUCAGGCUCAGAACUUGAUGCUAUCCUCAGGAUCCCCAUUGGGGAAGAAGGAGCCAAUGAUUUUUGGGCAUGGAACUACAACAAUGAUGGAAAGUUCACAGUGAAAUCGGCGUACCAUUCGAUUCAUAGAGCCACUACCAAUGCGCAACCUAGCGGGAACACCGAAAAAUGGAAGUGGAUUUGGAGCCUCCACCUCCCCCCGAAGCUGAAAUUCUUUGUUUGGAGGUGCUGCAGGAAUGGGCUUGCUACGAAAGAGAGACUGCUCCAGAGAAAAUGUGCUCCCAACUCUACGUGUCAGGUGUGCCAGAACCCCAUCGAAUCCAUCAAUCACUGUCUGUUCCAAUGCCCUCAUGCCAAGGCGGCAUGGAAUGCUCUAUUUUCGUCUCUCCCCCUCGCCCCUCAAGGAACCCUGUUCCUUGACUGGUUCUGCUCCCUUAAAGAUGUUAUUCAGCAUAGCUCCUUGAUCCAUUUGGUGUUCCUGUGCUGGAAUAUCUGGAAGGCAAGAAAUGAAUGCUCUUUCAAGAAUAGAAAACUGUGGCCCCCGCAGGUGUGCCAACUUACUUAUAGAGAGCUUUCUGAAUGGAAUUCAUGCCCGAGGCACCCUCCUCCCCUGCCUUCCCUGCCCACUCAGCUCAGGGGAUCCCAGUCUCAUACAAAUCCACCGCCAAGUAAUCAUUCUUUGGUGAUUCACUUUGAUGGGUCGUUCAUUAACGACUCCCAGCCGGCGGCAUAUGGUGUUGUGGUUGUUAACCACCAUGGACAAGUAUGUGAUGGGCGAGCUGAGGCUCUUCUUUGUUCCACCCCGAUUGAAGCUGAAACUAAAGCCCUUCUUGAAGGAGUAAAAUUAGCUCAAGAAUAUGGAUCCGAAUGUACGGUCCAGUCCGAUUGCCAGGUGCUGGUGAAGCCUUGGAUUACGAUCGCUCCCGUUGGCCAUGGAAAUGUGCAGCAUGGAUCGGGUCGAUUGUCGCAAUCCUUAGGACAAACCCUCUCAUCAAAAUCAAAGAAGUGCCCCGAGCACUAAAUGUCAGAGCUGAUUGGGUGGCACGAUCAAAAGCUCGAGCUACUCUCCCUGAUGAUUGGAUUAAUAUUCUUGACCUCAUUUCUGAUCUUCUUUAAGAUUUGUAACCGAGUUUCUCGUCUUUCAGUUAUUUGGUGGAAUAAAAGUUGGUAACCUUUGUCAAAAAAAAAAAGUUUUGAUAGGCGCCUGGUGUAUCUGGCAGUAGUGAACGUUAAACCAAGCGCCUAGGAUGACUCUUUUGCAUUAAAUGAGGUGAUGACGUGGAGGUCCGUACGGAGAGGUUCAGGUAAGCGAUGAAUAGUUAUAAAUAGGGAGGUUGAUAAUCAUUUACUCAAUUUGGCUUCUCUCACUAAACUUUAGAGAAAAGUACUUCUCUACUUCUCUCUCUAAGGAAAAGACUGACUUGAGCGUUGGAGGAUUAACGGGCAACGAGGCCCACCUCUGUGUUUGUAGGCGGGAUCCCUGCAGGUGAAGGAAGUGGUACGAAAGGGAAGGUUGUAGAUCGAGGAGGCUUCAACAAGAGCACUACUUGUAUUGUCCAUCUACUCAUCGUGUAAGAAACAAAUUGUCGGUGUAAAAGAUGAAGGACAACGAAAGAAAUCAUCUUUCUUAUAAAAAAAAAUCAAUACAAAUAGUAUAAAACUACAAAAUAAACUAUUGGUGUAAAAGAUUAAGGAUAAAGAAAGAAAUCAUCCUCCUUAUUGAAAAAUCAACACAAUCACGUAAAACUACAUCAAACUUGGUUCAUUCUCUGCACGUACGUAUCCAAAUUCUCCCUAAAACGAGUGAGUGUUUCUCAGCCAAAUGACUAUCUUCUUUACAUAAGAAAUGGGUACUAUUCCAAAUUGAAGUAAAUUGACCUAAAAUUCACGUGAACUUAUUCUCAUACUCAUACCCUAAUCGCCAUCAAUGCUAAUAGAUACCGGCAUUGUCCGAUUCGAGCGAGAUCAAAAAAGAAAACAGAAAGCAUCACAUGAACUUCUUCUCGCGUACUCAUUUUUUCGUUGUAUAUUAUCAGGGUAUCCAUCAACGAACGACAACAAUGACUAGCCCCUCAUCAUAGAGUGCACAAAGCAGUAUACGAUGAUCAUGCAAUAAGCUCGAUUUCAAUGAAACAAUAUCAAACUCUUUAUUGUCAUCGUAUAUGAUUGAAGAACACGACAACCACGGUAAUUAUCCGUAUAUAUGUUUGACUACCCCAUUGCCAAAACCACCAAAUAUGGGCCCAUGCAAGAAGGAGAAAAAAAAAAAGAAAAAAAUGCCCAAGGCCCCAUAUCACCGGGCCCACCCACCACCACCAAGAAAGAAAGAAAGAAAGAAAAGAAUACCAAAUAUCUGAUGGAUGGGCAUGAAGGAUGAUUGUCGGCAAAGUAUAAAGCUUUUUAAGAAGACGAUAAACAUCAACAGUCGUUGUUCAAAGAUAACACCAUCAAUAGUCACCAAUCGUCGUCCCCUUUGCUUCCCUCUGCAGACUUCCACUCCACAUCACCAUACAGCUCACUCUGCCACUGUUCAUUUAUUCCCCCCGGCCGGAAAAUGCUUUUUACAGCUAGCUAGCUAAAUAAGCGAUGGCGUGAUUG